UAGAAACAGAUACUCAGUGGCUUACGCAGCUCAGAAGCCAUGGCUGCUGAACGCAACCGUGGAGGAGAACAUUAUCUUUGGAAGCCCAUUUAAUAAACAGAGGUACAAAGCUGUUACAGAUGCUUGCUCUCUGCAGCCUGACAUUGACUUACUACCAUUUGGUGAUCAGACAGAAAUUGGAGAAAGGGGGAUUAAUUUAAGUGGCGGCCAACGACAGAGAAUCUGUGUAGCUCGAGCACUCUAUCAGAACACCAACAUUGUCUUCUUGGAUGACCCAUUCUCUGCACUGGACAUUCACUUAAGUGACCAUUUAAUGCAGGAAGGGAUUCUGAAGUUUCUCCAAGAAGACAAGAGGACUCUUGUCCUGGUGACACAUAAAUUACAAUAUCUACCACAUGCUGACUGGAUCAUAGCAAUGAAGGAUGGAAUGGUGCUUAGAGAAGGGACACUAAAAGAUAUCCAAAACAAAGAUGUUGAGCUAUAUGAACACUGGAAAACUUUGAUGAAUCGCCAAGAUCAAGAAUUGGAAAAGGAUAUGGAAGCUGACCAGACUACUCUUGAGAGAAAAACUCUUAGAAGGGCCAUGUACCCCAGAGAAUCCAAAUCACAACUGGAAGAUGAAGAUGAAGAGGAAGAAGAGGAAGAAGAUGAAGAUGAUAAUAUGUCAACUGUCUUGAGGCUCAGAACAAAGAUGCCAUGGAAAACCUGCUGGAGAUACCUAACCUCUGGAGGAUUUUUCUUGCUCUUUCUGAUGAUUUUCUCAAAGUUGUUGAAACACUCAGUUAUAGUGGCCAUAGACUAUUGGCUUGCUACGUGGACAUCCAUGGACAAUGUGAAUGAUGUCAGGAGCACUGAUGAUGUUAAAAGCACAAAUAAGACUUAUCAUGUAGCUGUCUUCAGCAUCCUCUCUGGAGCAGGGAUUGUCCUUUGUCUCAUCACAUCUCUGACUGUGGAGUGGAUGGGCCUCACAGCAGCCAAGAACCUACACCAUAAUCUCCUCAACAAGAUCAUCCUUGGACCAAUAAGGUUUUUCGAUAUGACUCCACUGGGGCUAAUUCUAAAUCGCUUCUCUGCUGAUACAAAUAUCAUUGAUCAGCACAUUCCUCCUACCCUGGAGUCUCUUACCCGGUCCACCUUACUCUGCCUGUCAGCCAUUGGAAUGAUCUCCUAUGCCACUCCGUGGUUCCUGGUUGCCCUCGUGCCUCUUGGGAUAGCAUUUUAUUUCAUCCAGAAAUACUUCAGAGUUGCUUCCAAGGACCUCCAGGAACUUGACGACAGCACCCAGCUACCUUUACUCUGCCACUUCUCUGAGACAGCUGAAGGCCUUACCACCAUCAGAGCAUUCAGGCACGAAGCCAGAUUUAAACAACGUAUGCUGGAACUAACGGACACGAACAACAUUGCCUACUUAUUUCUAUCGGCUGCCAACAGAUGGCUGGAGGUCAGGACGGAUUAUCUCGGUGCAUGUAUAGUUCUGACUGCGGCUGUCACUUCCAUCACUGAAGGGCCUCACUCGGGGUUUGUGGGGCUGGGUCUCCUGUACGCUCUGACGAUAACCAACUAUUUGAACUGGGUGGUGAGGAAUCUGGCUGAUCUGGAGGUGCAGAUGGGUGCAGUAAAAAAAGUGCACAGCUUCCUGAACAUGGAGUCGGAGAACUAUGAUGGCUACUUGGAUCCCUCGCAAGUCCCCAAAGACUGGCCCCAGGAGGGGGAAAUCAAGAUUGAAAAUUUGUGCGUUCGAUAUGAAAACAACCUGAAGCCUGUUCUAAAGCACGUUAAGGCAUACAUCAAACCAGGACAAAAGGUUGGGAUCUGUGGUCGUACUGGCAGCGGCAAGUCAUCCCUGUCUUUGGCGUUCUUCAGAAUGGUGGACAUAUUUGAUGGGAGGAUAGUGAUUGAUGGAAUAGACAUCAGCAAAUUGCCUCUUCAUACUCUCCGUUCCCGACUCUCCAUUAUUCUCCAGGAUCCAAUAUUGUUCAGUGGCUCCAUCCGCUUUAAUUUGGAUCCAGAAUGCAAGUGCACCGAUGAUAGACUCUGGGAAGCUCUGGAGAUUGCUCAGUUGAAGAACAUGGUCAAGUCAUUGCCAGGAGGCCUUGAUGCAAUGGUGACAGAAGGAGGAGAGAACUUCAGCGUAGGGCAAAGGCAGCUCUUCUGUCUGGCCCGAGCCUUUGUCCGCAAGAGUAGCAUUCUCAUCAUGGAUGAAGCCACAGCAUCUAUUGACAUGGCCACAGAAAACAUUUUGCAGAAGGUUGUGAUGACUGCCUUUGCAGACCGCACAGUUGUAACAAUAGCGCAUCGUGUUCACACCAUCCUAACAGCAGACCUGGUCAUCGUAAUGAAGCGAGGGAACAUUUUAGAAUAUGAUACGCCUGAGAACCUACUUUCUCAAGAAGACGGCAUCUUUGCUUCAUUUGUCCGGGCUGACAUGUGAAGAAUCACAUGAUGCAUUUUAAUAGCUUAUUUUUAAACAAAUGAAAUGCAAAUAUUUUCUAUUCAAUGUAAGAUCACUUUUAUCUUUUUUUUUUUUUAGAGCUUCUUUCUUCACACUUCCAUCUUCCAAAAUAAUAAAACUUAUUGCAAUGCAUGUAUGCCUCAAAGCAAUAAAAAUGUCACUUCAUUCAAAAGCUAUUAAACUUCACAAUCACACACAUGCACACAGAGGCAGAAGUUUUCAUUUCCUGGGAAUUUGGCAUUUUCUUUAGAUGUUUUAGUGACUUUAUUUUCUUUUAUAGAGAGCAAAAGAAUGCACUGCUCUUAUAAACUGCAUAUGUUAUGCUGGAACCAGCAAUCAAAUCGUGCAGUUUGUCAAGGAAACAAGAGAUCCCCA